GACUUCUUCCUCCAGAUCUAAUUUUUUAAGUAUACUCACUAUAUAAAUGACGUGACAUAGACACUCAUUACUCGUCUGAAAGUUAUUUCAAGCGACAUGAUGAGUAAAUCUUAUAAAUUGCUGCUGGUAGGAAGCAUUGGAGUCCUUUGCAUCCUUCCAAUCAUCAACGGAGCGAGCCUCACAUCUCCCGUAGGUAAGUAUCAUUUAUUCCUGCGGGAGUUGGAAGGAAACACCCUUGACCAGUCUAGAAUUGUGGAGUGCUAUGAGAGGUUCUAUGAUGGAUCACACGAUUCACGAGACUACUGGGGAGGAAAAGUCUAAGGCGCACAAACUGAUCCAUGAUUUUUACACCACGUGUAUGGACGACAAUGCUAGAGAAGACAAAGCUCUGGAGCUUUUCAAGAGCUUUGUCGUGGAUGCUUGGCCGCCUACGGCAGGUGACAAGUUCAACGAAGCUGACUUCUGCUGGAUGAAAUGGAUGGGCCAGGUCAAGCAGGCUGGGUUAAGCAACACUCCUUACAUUGAUUAGGAACCUCAGGGCGCGCCAGGAGAUCACUAUACUAUGCAUCAUGUGCUACAUCUGCCAACCAACGUAUUCGAAUUCAAAGCAAAUGCAGUUGAUGAUGAUUACAACGAGCACUACAGUGACUACAUGAUCGUAGCAGCUCGACUCCUUGGAGCUACUGACGAGGCCAGCGAGGAGGAGCUCGACCCAGUGUACCAGUUCGAGAAGAAGCUCUACGCAGCUACCUUGAAACCAAACCCAGGUAAGAUGGAAGACAUGACCAUCGAAGAUAUGCAGAAAGAAUUCCCAGGGAUCGACUGGGCCAAGUUUGUCGAGAAGACUCUCACGCCUUUCGUGGACCCUGGUCACAAGACUAUCAUCACCGUCGAGAAACCAGCAGCUCUGAAGGAGUUCAUCAAGCUGAUGAAUGAGACGCCAAAACGCGUACAAGCUUCCUACGCCAUCUGGAAGGGAUUCCAGUACGUGAUGCCUUUUCUGACGGAAGAGUUCAAGGAGAUUCACCGCCACUUCCAGAAGCAAAUCAAUUUCCCCGAAAUGCCGCGGGAGGAGUUCUGCGAAGGAUUGACCAAAGACUUUAUGUGGUUCGGUAUCGAAGAUUGGAUCAUGGAGCAGUUCCCCUCCAGCAAGGAACUUAUCGAAGUGAUGUUCUCUAUGCUGAAGGCUAAGAUGAUAGAAAUGGCCCAGGAGUCCAAGGUGUUGACUGACGAUGAGAAGAACAAAGCAGUUGAGAUUUUAAGCGCGUUAAAUUACACCAUAGGAAGUUCAGAGAAAUUUGGUGACAAAAACGAAUUAGAUGCAUUCUAUGCAGACGCGACUGUUGACAAGGAAAACUUCCUUAAGUCGUUGAUGAAUAUGAAUGCUUUUGUGAUGAAGAAGGAGAACAGCCAGAAAGUCGUUGAGGAGCUCAUGAAAGACAGCGCCACUUCAAUUCAUGAUUUUGGGAUGCCGAACAAUCACGGAAAUCACUUGUAUUUUCCGAUCACGAUGAUACCAAGUCCAAUUUUCAACGAGGAUUAUCCAUUGUAUGUAAACUUUGGUGCCGCUGGCAGCCACAUGGCUCGGGAAAUGUUCAAUUCGCUAAAGGACCUUGGAAAAACCUGGACCGAACAAAAAGAAAAUCCCAAUGACCAGAUGAAGUGCUUCCAAAACUUGGCUCAGGGCAUCGACGAUCCAAUGUUGAAAGAGGCGUUUGCCGAAGGUGUCAUAGAUGAUAUUAUUGCCCAGUAUUUUGGAAUCCAUGCAGCUUACUAUGCCUACAAACAGCUCAUAGUUGACGUCGGCCCGGAAUUGGGCUUACCUGACUUACCCUACACCGCUGAUCAACUGUUCUGGAUAUCGUUCGCAAAUUCUUUAUGCAAUUUCCGAGCUGAAACGGAGAAGCUUCCUGUUCCAUUCAAAAACGGGAACAUUCUGGACUAUUCGAUGAUGACCAUAAUGAAGAAUAUCCCUGAGAUUGCAGAAGCUUUCGAAUGUCCAGCUGGUUCUAAUAUGAACUCUGCAGAAAAAUGCACCUGGUGGUGAUUUAUCAUCUUGUUUCUAUUAAAAUUGUUAUUUGUGCUUAAAUAAAUGCAUGUUUUCUCAAAAA